AUGAAUCCACUGAGCAUGCUGAUCAACGAUCUGAAGUGCGGUUAUAAAAUGUCUGAAGUGCCAGCAGGUCUAAUAUCCCACCAGUUAUAUUUAGAUGAUUUGAAGCUCUACGCAAGCAAUAAAAGGCAGCUGAAAAAGAUGUUGGAAGUGGUAGAAAAGUUUAGUGACACGAUCAAGAUGGAAUUUGGUUUAGAGAAGUGCGCUGCUGUUCAUGUAAGGAAAGGGAAAGUGGUUGAAGGAGCAGAAGUUUUAGAGUUGCUGAAUGGAGAGGUCAUUGAUUCUUUGGAAGAAGGGGGCAGCUACAAGUAUUUGGGUAUGCAGCAGCUUUUGCAGAUCAAUAGCAGUGACGUCAGAAAGUUGGUGGAAAAGAGGGUAUUGGCUAGAGUUCGAAAGGUCUGCAAGACAUAUUUGUCAGGGAGGAGCAAGAUCGCAGCGAUUAAUUCAUGGGCGAUUCCAGUUGCUGUGUACAGUUUUGGAGUCUUGAAAUGGUCGAAGUCUUCAUUGCAGGCAUUAGAUAGGAAGAUUCGAGUCACCUUAACCAAGUUUAGGCUUCAUCAUCCACGAAGUUCAAUCCAGCGAUUGUACAUCCCGAGGAAAGAAGGAGGACGAGGUCUUCUAUGUUUAGAGGUCAUGUGUGCUAGGCAAUGUGAACAGUUGAGGCACUAUUUCAUGCAGAACAGGUCAGAGUUUGUCGAAGUGAUUCAAGAAAAGAACUUGGCAUUUGGUGCGCUUGAUCUCAUCUCGGUGGAUCCCGUUGAGUUUCCCCUGAUGAGUUUGGAAGACAGGAAGCAGGAAUGGCGAGGAAAGGAGUUGCAUGGUCGUUUUCUUCGGGUGCUGGAAUCUCAGAAUGUAGACAAGGAAUGGUCAACUGAGUGGCUUAGAACUUCGGGUAUUUUUGGUGAGACUGAAGGUUUUAUUCUUAGCAUUCAAGAUGAGGUGAUUAGCACUCGAGGUUACCAGAGGCAUGUCAUGCGCCAGGAUGUCUCUGAUAGGUGUCGAUUAUGUAGGGUACAGAACGAAUCGAUUCAACAUGUUUGCGGAGGAUGCAGUGUCCUGGCUCCCAGGGAGUAUCUUGAGCGGCAUAACAAUGUCGCGAAGGUGGUGCAUCAAGCGCUCGCUAAAAGCCUCAAAUUACAGGAGGAAGAGCAGCCCUAUGACAGAUGCAAGCCACCGCAGGUCAUGGAAGCUGGAGGAGUGCGCCUUCUUUGGGACUCGGAGAUGGUGACUGACCGAGCAGUCGAGGCCAACAGACCGGACAUCGUCGUCAUUGACCAACGGAAGAAAGAAGGCCUGAUCAUCGAUAUCGCCGUGCCUUUGGAUGCCAAUGUGGAGAGAACCGUCGUCGAAAAAAAGAGAAAGUAUCAGCCGCUCGCAGUGGAGUUGAAGGAAAUCUACAACCUGGGGAAAAUCAACGUGGUUCCUGUUGUCAUUUCUACCAAUGGAGUUGUGCUCAAAGACUGGAAGAAGCUGAUGGAGACAUUGCCGCUGACAACAAACCACCUCAAGCUGAUGCAGAAAGCUGCAGUACUUGGAACUGCCAACAUCGUCAGGAAGACUCUCGCACUUUAA